AUGAAUUUAUCUGUCCCAAUCCCGAAGUUUUUAAAAAAAGGUGAUCGAAUAACUAAAGAUGGAAGAAAUAAAGUUGCCCUGAAGCCUGGAAGAGGUUUAAAUGAUUGGAUAGCAAAAUCUAAUAAUCGAAAAAAUCCAUUUAAUGAAAAUAAUCCUAUUACACUAGAAGAAUUGUCUAAGCACAAUAAGAUUGAUGAUUGUUGGAUUGUUUUAAAUGGAAAAGUUUUUGACGUUACAGAAUACUUAGAGUAUCAUCCUGGUGGUGUUUCAGAAAUUGUAAAUUAUGCUGGCAAAGAUGCUACUGAAGCAUUUAUUGAUAUACAUGGAUGGAUUAAUUAUAAUAUUUUUUUGAAGAAUUAUUGUGUGGGAAUAUUUAGGGGAAAAUUUCCUAAAGUUGUUAAAGUGGAUUCUAUAUUUGAAGAGGAAGAAAUUGAGAAAGAACAAAGUCAAGCUAUUAUUUGUGAGAAGAAAUUAUGUUUUACUAAAAUUUCAACAAAUAUUUUACAUAUCUCUAGUGAAUUGUGGAAAACAUUAGAAAAAUAUUGUUUAUCCUAUUUUAUUAUAGAUGACAAACUACAUAUUAAAGUAAAAGAUUAUAAGGAUGAUUCAUAUACAUUUAUUUAUGAACCUUACUCUAAAUUAUGUAGUUUAGUAUUAGAUAUUUCUUGUUUAGAUGAUAAAAUAGUAUUGAAAUCUGAUAUACCCCUACCUUUAGUUGCUUUUAAUGAAUAUAAAUGGACUGUUAAAAAAAAUUUUUCACCAAAUUAUUUAAAAGGAACAAUUACAAAAAAAGAAAAAGUGGCACGAAACAUGUUUCAUUUGUCAAUUAGUUUACCCAAUGAUUCCUAUAUUGGUAUUCCCAUAGGUCACCAUGUGGCUUUACGUUUACUUGUCAAAAAUAACAAAAUUUCUAGACCAUACACACCAAUAUCAAUUAAUGGAAAUGUGAUUGAAUUUUUAAUUAAAAUAUAUGAUGAUGGUUUGUUAACGCCUAGCAUAGGAAGUUUACAGGAAGGAAAUUUUAUUGAAAUAACUGAUGCGAUAGGAAAGUUAGACUUUGCUAGAGGUGAAAAAAAUAAUAAGAAAUGUCUUUGUAUUGCUGCCGGGAGUGGUUUAACUCCAAUGAUUAGAAUCAUUGAAGAUAGAAUUAGUAAAGAUAUCAAUACAAAGUUGUUCCUUUUUAAUAGAAAGUUUGAAGAUAUAGUUCCAAAUAAUUAUUUCCCUUUACAACAUGCAAAUUUUACAAUAACAAAUAUUUUAAGUGAUGAAGAAAAUAUUAAAAUUGAUAAAAACAAUAAAGAAAUGUCAAAUACAAUGUUAGGACGGAUAAAUGAACAACUUUUUGAAAAUUUAACGGAUAUUAAAGAGAGACAAAUUUUUAUUUGUGGACCAUGGAAUUUCACAAAUUUAGCUGAAGAGAUUCUUGACAAAAUAGUGGAACAGAAAGAUACAUCAAUUGUAUUUAUAAAAUUAAUAUUCGGUUCCAUGAUUUCGUUAUUUCAUCUUAUAAAGUUUACCAGAAAUAUGUCGACAAGACGGGUCAUGGUUCCAACUUUACAAAAUAUAAUUUCCACCAAUCAAGUACGAUAUUUUGUAAAUAAACCAAGGAAUAAAGAAGCAAGUCGUGAUUCAAUGUAUUAUGUAAUGUCACUAGGAAUGUUUUUUGUUGGUUUGUCUUUUGCAGCCAUUCCAUUGUAUCGAAUUUUUUGUGAGUCAACAUCAUUUGCUGGAACGACUCAGGUAGCAAAAGAUUUUGAAAAAAUUAAAAAUAUGGAAAAGGUUAAGGAACGUCUUAUAAAAGUUCAGUUUAAUGCUGAUGUCCCAUCUUCAAUGAGAUGGCAUUUUAAACCUCUUCAAAAUGAAAUAUAUGUUCAUCCUGGGGAGACUGCUUUGGCAUUUUAUACAGCAAAAAAUCCUACAGAUAAACCAAUUAUUGGAAUUUCAUCAUAUAAUUUAACUCCAUAUCAGGCAGCAUAUUAUUUUAACAAAAUUCAGUGUUUCUGUUUUGAAGAACAAAUAUUAAAUCCAGGUGAAGAAGUUGAUCUUCCUGUAUUUUUUUAUAUAGACCCAGAUUAUGCUAAUGAUCCAACUUUAGAAUAUCUUGAUAGUAUUCUAUUAAGUUAUACAUUCUUUGAGGCAAAGAAAAAUCUUAAACUACCAGAUCCAUUUGAUCCAAAUAACAGACCUAACAUAUAA